AUGUGGAGACCGGCAAGUGAUAGAAUGACCGAAGAGCUUGGGUUUGGUUUGGAAUUUGAGCAAAGUGAUAGAAUGAUUAGAGCAUCAGAUGUUGUCUUCACGCCUAAAGAAACAGAUCACAAAUUGGAUGCACGACAGAAUGGAUCUCAUAUUCGUUGUUGA